AUGUCCGAGAAACUCCCCCUCGCGCAUCCGGCGCCCGAGCUCACUGCUCCGGAACCACGCCGCGCCCGCCGGACCGCGUGGUGGUCCCUCAUCCCCGCCGCCCUCCUCCUAGUCUACCUGCACAAGCCGUCCUCCGCGGCCAUCCCAUUCCUCGGCCACGGCCACCACCGCAACGCCUCGCCUGCCGCCAACGCCUGUCGCCAGGUCGACCCCCUCUUCCCGACCCAAAACUCCUCGGGCCUCACCCAUCUGGACUCGUACCUCGACAGCCCCAAGUUCCGCAAUGAGACCGUCGCCCGCCUCUCCGGCGCCAUCCAGAUCCCCACCGAGUCCUUUGACAACUACGGCCCCGUCGGCGCCGACGACCGCUGGGACAAGCUGCUCCCCUUCUCCGCCUACCUCGCAAAGACCUUCCCCAAGGUCCACGACACCCUCCGCCUCGAGCGCGUAAACACCCACGGCCUGCUGUACACCUGGCAGGGCUCCGAUGCCGCCCUCAAGCCCACCGUCCUCAUGGCCCACCAGGACACCGUCCCCGUCGCGCCCACCACCAUCGACAGCUGGACUCACCCGCCCUGGAGCGGAGCCUACGACGGCACCUAUGUCUGGGGACGCGGCGCCAUGGACUGCAAGAACUCACUCAUCGGCAUCCUCGAGUCCGUCGAGCUGCUGAUCGACGCCGGCUUCGCCCCCAAGCGCACCGUCGUCCUGUCCUUUGGCUUCGACGAAGAAGUCUCUGGAGAGCGCGGCGCAGGACACCUCGCGCCAUUCCUGCUCGAGCGCUACGGCAAGGAUGGAGCCGCCAUCAUCGUCGACGAAGGAGCCGGUUUCGACUCCCAGUGGGGCCAGACCUUUGCCCUCCCCGGCACCGCUGAGAAGGGCUACAUUGACGUCGAGGUCAUCGUCCGCACCCCCGGCGGCCACAGCUCCAUCCCCCCCGAGCACACGGGUAUCGGCAUCCUCUCCGAGCUCAUCACGCACAUCGAGGCGAACCUCUACGAGCCCGAGCUCAUCUCCGGAAACCCGUACCUCGAGAAGCUCCAAUGCGGCGCCUCGUACGCGCCAGAGUUCCCAGACAACUUGCGCAGACUGCUGCCUGCGGACACCCAGCAGAUGUGCAAGAAGAAGACGGACCAACUCGCAAAGGAAGCCGCCAAGGCGGGCCCGCAGGUAAAGUACCUCUUCACCACCUCCGUAGCCACCGACAUCAUCGAGGGCGGCGUCAAGAUCAACGCCCUGCCGGAGCGCGUCAGGGCGGUCGUCAACCACCGCGUCAACGUCGGCGACAGGACCGCCAGCGUGCAGGACAAGCUGGCCGCGCUCGUGCGCCCCAUCGCGGACAAGUACAAUCUCACCCUCCACGCCUUUGACGGCGAAGCCGAGACGCCGUCGAGCAUCACGCUCAAGGGUAACGAUAAGGUGCUGGAGCCCGCGCCCGUGACCCCGACCUCGGUUGAGGGCGUCACGCCGUAUGGCAUCCUGUCCGGGACCACGCGCGCGUUGUACGGCGAAGAGGUUGUCGUUUCGCCGGGUCUCAUGACGGGGAACACGGACACGCGGUACUACUGGGACCUGACGCAGCAUAUUUUCCGCUUCUUGCCCGGGUUCGACCCCGAGAGCGACGAGUGGGCGGGCAUUCACACCGUCAACGAGAAGACGAGCGUCAAGGGCCACGUCAACCUCGUCAAGUGGUACACCAUCUUCUUGAGGAAUAUCGAUGAGGCUGAGUUUGCUUAA